UACGGACCCUGGAAGUUUAGCCGGGUUUGCCGCUAUUAGCUUGAUGCUGUUAGCUAGCUGCCGCCGCCGCUGCUGCCAAUGCGUCUACUUUUUUGUUGUGGUGUCGCCAUAGAUCGCUAACGUUAGCAGCUGCAAUUAGCAUUGUCUGUCCACAAACACGCCCUGUGUAGUUAUGUUUAGUUUAAUCGUAUGAAGGAGCUGUUAAUUGAUCGUUCGUAGGCCGGAGAACACGGCUAACUCAACAACCAGUGCAAAGCCAUAUAAUCCAGUCAACAUGGGGGCUUAUCUGUCGCAGCCAAACACAACCAAGACCUCUUCCAAUGGUGGCAAUAGCAACUUAAGCUACGGCUUUUCUGCCAUGCAGGGCUGGCGCGUCUCUAUGGAGGAUGCUCACAAUUGUAUUCCAGAUUUUGAUGAGGAUACUGCUAUGUUUGCGGUGUAUGAUGGACAUGGAGGUGAAGAGGUGGCUCUGUACUGUUCAAAGUACCUUCCUGACAUCAUCAAGGAGCAGAGGACCUACAAAGAUGGCAAACUGCAAAAGGCACUGGAAGAUGCUUUCUUGGCAAUCGAUGGCAAAAUAAUCACGGAAGAGGUCAUCAAGGAGCUGGUACAGAUCGCUGGACGGCCCACCAAGGAGCUGCCCACAGAAAAGGUGGCAGAUGAGGAUGACUUGGACACAGAGGAGGCAGCUCUUCUCCAUGAGGAGGCGACAAUGAGCAUAGAGGAGCUGCUGGUGCGCUAUGGCAACGCUGUCAAAAAUGCUUCUGCCAACAGUACAGCUGCUAAAAAGGCAUGCUGCCCUCACCCUGAGGCCUCGGGGGACAAAGGAGAAAGCGGGGAAGAAAAGAAGAAAGCGGGGCUGAACGGAGAAUUGGAGGAAGAGAGCAAUGGAAAGGUGAAAGAAGGUGAAGGAGCGGCAUGCGGUUCUAAGCUGCGGGCCUGUCGGCAAACAGGAAGAAGCGAAGACAGCAGUACAGCAGCUGACUGUGGAGAGUCGGGGAGCUCCAACGCUGAAGGAAAGGCUGGUAAGGCUGAAGGAGAUGCAGGUCCGUCCUGCUCCUCUCUGCCCUCUAAGGCCGCAGGAGAUUCAAAGUCCAGGUUUUUUGAUGACAGUGAGGAGUCUGAGGAGGGAGAGGAAGAAGAGGGCAGUGAUGAAGAGGAUGGCAGUGAAGACGAAGAAGGCGACAGCAGUGAGAUGGAAGAAGAGGAGGAUACAGAGGAGGGAGAGGAAGACUCUGAGGAGGAAGAGGAGGAAGAAAUGUGUCUUCCUGGAAUGGAUGGCAAGGAGGAGCCUGGCUCAGACAGCGGCACCACAGCUGUCGUGGCUCUGAUCCGAGGGAAGCAGCUGAUCGUGGCUAAUGCUGGUGACUCUCGCUGUGUGGUGUCUGAACACGGCAAAGCUGUCGACAUGUCGUACGACCACAAACCAGAAGAUGAGGUGGAACUAGCUCGCAUCAAAAACGCCGGAGGGAAAGUGACCAUGGAUGGACGUGUCAACGGGGGACUGAACUUGUCCAGAGCUAUUGGAGACCACUUCUACAAGAGGAACAAGGCUCUGUGCCCAGAGGAGCAGAUGAUUUCUGCCAUGCCCGACGUCAAAGUCCUGACACUUAAUGAGGAACAUGACUUCAUGGUCCUCGCCUGCGACGGCAUCUGGAAUGUGUUAAGCAGUCAGGAGGUUGUGGACUUCAUCAGUGAGAGACUCAAACCAGACCAGAGUGGCAAUGCCAAACCGCUGUCAUCUAUAGUGGAAGAGUUGGUGGACCAUUGUUUGGCUCCCGACACGUCUGGAGACGGGACAGGAUGCGACAACAUGACUUGCAUCCUCAUCACCCUGCAGCCUCACUCGUCCUCCGCUCAGCCGGACAGCACGAAGAGGAAGCACCAGGAGGAGGCAGACGGGACUGAGCCGGAGGCGAACGGAAACGACAGCAAAAGGGCCAAAAGUGACUAGAGAAAAAUGGGGAACCUGUCCCGGGGAGCAUCUGGUCCUAGACUACACCAGAUACACCAGAGACACGCCGUGUUUAAAAUUUAAAUCCUUACCUCACAAACAAAAACAGUCCACCCCAAGACAGAAUUUGCUAAGUGUUUAAGCAAAAAUCAGCUGAACGAACCACAAUCGUCACUAUAGUCAUUGUCCUCUUGUCUUAGGUGGACUCCCACUUUAACACCCACACUAGUUUUUUUUUUUCCCAUUUGUUUUGGUAGCAGUGGAAGGAGGCUGGACACACUUAAACUUCUUAACAACUUCACAACAGGCAGACUUUGUCGCUCACUGGCAUGCCGACUAGAACGUGGAUGGAUUGAUUACCGUCCUGCGUGGCCCAAAUUGAAACUUCAAGAUACCGUGAUCCAGCAAAUGUGACUCUUAACGUCGCACGAAUGUUUUGAUGCCUUGUUUCAGGCCAUGUCCAAAAAAGUGUUUUGGUUUAAAAGAAAAAAAGAACUGACCCCAUUUUUAAUUUGAAGCCCAUCAGGGUUAUGGUCAGGCCUGGAAGUAAGACAUUAAGAAAUGAUGGUAAAUUCCCUUGGCUGUUUUGUUUUUGUCCCCUUCCUUACAUCAGUAAUUUGUCCAACCACUCAUACUACUGUAAUAUUAAUCACCAAUGCAGCUGUGGUGUGGUGUAAAUGACCAUUAGUACACAUGUAUAUAAAAUAAAAAUCUGAUCAUCAUCAUCAUCUUAAAACAAUCUCUUUCUUACUUCUGUGAUCAGCUGUUACAGCUGCUGCACAGAGAAAGAGCAAAAAAAGCAAAAAAAAAAGGCCUUGAAGUGAGAAAACGUGCAUAGAACAACCGUUUAUGAAGCAAAGAAUGUGUAGAGAAAAUUUUAGCUCCCGGCACCAGCAGUUUAUCUGACUGGAGAAAACAAACCGCCCAGUGAUUAUUGGGGCAACCACAAACAAAGAUUUUUUUCCUUUUUCUUAUUUUUUUACAAUCAUAAAUUUGACUGUGGUGUGGACUUAACGAGACACAAUAACCCCCAACAGUCAGUCGCACACAGUCACAUUCCGAUUAAGUCUCAUCGGUGACGGCAUAUUCUUUCCUUAUUCGUGAUGAUUUUGUCGUAACCGUUCCACUUAAUCGACUAAAACAAAAUCUUGAUCUUGCAUUGUGGUCAUUGUCCGGUCGUGUAAUUCUUCUAAACGGUGAACAACGCCUUUUUUAAAAAAAAUGAAAACAUUUAGUGUGGACGUAGCCUUGUGCUCCUGAUGUUGGUAUCAAACCAUAAAGGAUGUUGGAGUCCAGUUGCUCUAAUUUACAAUUUAUAUUAUAUUAAAUCUAUACAGUACAUUUCUUCCCAGUAGCACCCAUUUAAAAUGUGAGGAUUUUUCUUUUAAGCCUUGUUGGUCACAUAACGCCCCCCCCUCCCCCCAUUACAGGACCAUUAUCUUGCCUUUUGUCGAUUCCCGCUUUGUGUCUUUUGUCUUGAAAUCUGUAAAGUACCAGAUGGCGGAAAGAUGCCAGAGGUUUUGAGAAUGUGUGAACUCUUCAUCUGUAAGGAGAUGAUGGCAGGGAAAUGGAGGAGAGGUGUCAAUGAUAAAAAACCUGGAUCUGGCCUUCACACACACACCUUAUCUCCCGGACGCUAACCUUCCUCCACUGCAGUCACCCUCUCUGCCCAUCUCUGUUUCCUCGUAACAUCUUUUUAAGAUUAUCUCUCGAUCAUAUGUUUUAUUUAAAAUGUAUUUCCAAGUCUAUAAUUUUUUUUUUUUGAUGAAUUGUUUCUCUUGCAGUUUUUUUAAAGAAAUGAUCAUUUUUGUGACCACACUCUGAAAAUGUCUUGACGCUGGACUGUAGAGAGGAUGCACAAGGUUUUUUUUUGUUUGCUCGUUGGAUGGAAAUACACUUUGAAUUUCACAGCUCCCGAGACAGUGCAACUGUUAAAAUUUCUUUAUUUUCCAGGCGCCUCAUUUAAAACCAUGUUGUGACUGUAAGUUUGUUUCUAGUAUUCCGUCUCGUCGCCGUGCCCUUUUUUCUGUACAUAGUUUUUUCAAUACUUGUAAUUGAAGAAAAAGGAAAAAAGAAAACACUUUUUCUUUGUAAUUGUGUGUCAACGUGACAUUUUUGGUGCAUACUCUUUUGACACCAGUAUGUAAGUUCAUACAAAUACAUUUUUUAAAUAAUGAGAAAA